UCAGCGUAAUUGUAUAUGCUUUUUUCAUCUGAUGUAUAUUUUGUUGUUAUUAGAGAACGGAAGGAUGCACAUGGAAGGCGCCCAGGAGAUGAAGACUAUGAUCCAAGAACCCUUUACCUGCCGCAGGAGUUCUUGAAGAGUUUGUCUGGUGGACAGAGGCAAUGGUGGGAGUUUAAGUCGAAGCACAUGGACAAAGUUUUGUUUUUCAAGAUGGGAAAGUUCUAUGAAUUAUUUGAAAUGGAUGCACAUAUUGGAGCCAGAGAACUUGAUCUUCAGUAUAUGAAGGGGGACCAACCUCACUGCGGGUUCCCUGAAAAGAACUUCUUAAUGAAUUUGGAAAAAUUGGCCAUGAAGGGAUAUCGGGUUCUCGUUGUGGAGCAGACUGAAACACCUGAGCAGCUUGAACUUCGUCGGAAAGAAAUGGGCACCAAAGAUAAGGUUGUUAAGCGAGAAAUUUGUGCUGUUGUCACUAAGGGAACACUUGUUGAGGGGGAGAAAUUGUUAACACGUCCAGAUGCUUCUUACUUGAUGUCAGUCACUGAAAAAAGCCAAAAAUUUGAUGAGCACAAUACGCAAGGCACAGUGCUUGGCAUUUGUGUUGUGGAUGUUUCAACCAGCAAAUUCAUGUUGGGACAGUUUGAAGAUAAUUUCGAGAGGGACUGCUUAUGUUCAAUAUUAUCAGAAUUGAGGCCUGUUGAGAUUAUAAAGCCUUCUAAGGUGCUCAGUACUGCAACUGAAAGAGUUCUCAAGCACAAUAGUAGAAAUCCUCUAGUGAAUGAUUUGGUUCCUUCCUCAGAAUUUUGGAAUGCUGAAAAAACAAUUUUGGAAAUCAAGAAAAUUUAUAGCCCAUCAAAACAUUCUGGAAAAUCAGGGAUGAUGGAUGAUGUUGAUGGUGUACAUAACCUGGGAGACUAUCCUGGACUUCCUUGCAUUUUAUUAGAGCUUGAUAGUGCAGGGCAAAAUGGAAGCUUUGCUCUUUCUGCUUUGGGAGGGUGCCUCUUUUAUCUAAGGCAAGCUUUUCUGGAUGAAACUCUGCUCAAGUGUGCUAAAUUUGACGCACUUCAAUGCGUGGGCUCUCUCGGACGAGUUCAAAAGCCAUAUAUGAUACUUGAUGCUCCUGCUCUUGAGAACCUUGAGAUUCUGGAGAACAGAAAUGGAAACCCUGCAGGAACACUAUAUGCUCAAUUAGAUAAUUGUGUGACGGCAUUUGGCAAAAGGUUGCUUAAAAGCUGGCUUGCAAGGCCACUCUAUGACCCUGGCUCCAUCCUGGCUCGCCAGGAUGCAGUUUCAGGUUUCAAGGGUGUUAGUCUUGCCUAUGCACUGGAGUUUCGUAAAAUGCUGUCAAGACUUCCAGAUAUGGAGCGCCUGCUUGCACGCCAUUUUGCUAGCUGUGAGGCUUUUGGAAGAAAUGCCAGUGCCGUAAUUCUUUAUGAGGAUGCUGCCCGGAAAAAGCUGAUGGAAUUUUUAGGUGUCCUGCGGGGUUCCCAGUUGAUGGUUCAAGCUUGUACCUCUUUGGCAUCUCUGCUGGCUAGCACAAAGUCCAGUAUAAUCCAUUAUUUGUUGACAACUGGAAAAGGUCUACCUGAUGUUUCUAAAAUAUUGAAGUUUUUCAAGGAUGCAUUUGAUUGGUCAGAAGCUGAACAGUCUGGGCGCAUUAUACCCCAUGAAGGGUGUGAUAGUGAUUAUGAUGCUGUCUGUAAAACCAUAAGUGAAGUUGAAUCUGGUCUGAUGGAGCACCUAAACGACCAACGCAAGUUACUGGGAAAUUCAUCGAUUAAUUAUGUCACUGUGGGGAAAGAUACAUAUCUACUAGAAGUUCCUGAGAAUCUGAUGAGUGCAGUUCCACAGAAUUAUGAGUUGCGUUCAUCAAAGAAGGGAUAUUUUAGAUACUGGACAGCAGAAAUUAAGAAGUAUAUGUCAGAACUUUCACGAGCAGAAGAAGAAAAAGAAUCUAAGCUGCAGGGGAUUCUUUUGAGGCUUAUGGAACAAUUCAGCGAGCAUCAUAGCAAAUGGAGACAAUUAGUUUCCGUUAUUGCAGACCUUUCCAUAUCCGAACAAGGCUUUCUGAUGUAA